AUGAUCAGUGCAGUGACAUUUAAUUUGGAUGAUCCUGAUUGGAAACCUAACAGUGCAGGAAGACUAUACAAUCAUAAAUUUGGAUAUGGAAAAUUGGAUGUGUACACUUUGGUCCAGAAUGCAAAAACAUUCAAACUAUUAAAUCCACAGGUUAGCAUUGAAAUGCCAAUCAUAGAAGUCAACGAACCUAUACCAAUGAAUGAGGAAGGAGUUUUUAGCAAGUUGAUUGUAAAGGAGUCAGAUAUCGCCAGAGUAAAAAUGAGAAGAUUAGAGCAUGUAACUGUGACAAUGAAUGUUUAUCAUGAGAGAAGAGGUGAUAUAGAGGUAGAUUUGAUAAGUCCAAAUGGUGUUGUUUCUAAAAUUGGAUUGCCAAGAAAGUAUGAUGAAGAUAAUGCUGGGCUUCGUAAUUGGACCUUUAUGAGUAUUAUACAUUGGGAUGAAUCACCAAUUGGUACAUGGUUUAUACAAGUACGCGAUAGAAGAAAUCCGGAUUAUAAUGGGGUAUUCGUAGACUGGAUGUUGAAAUUGUGGGGUGAAAGAGCUUAUAAUAGUACUAGUAAUAAUGUAAAUACUUCAGAUGAAAAUUUUUCUUCAAUAAUAACCAGUGAAACCACAGUUACUACUAAGUCAAUAUCGACUUCACAAUCACCAACCAAAUCAAUUGAUGUCGAUGAUGAUGAUAAUAGUGCAUCUACAUCUACAAUUUUGACAUCAAGUAACCCAAUUUCAACAGAAACACAAUCAUUUACUGCACAAGUAUUAGAUGGCUAUAACAAUAGUUUGGUUUUAGGUAUUUUCGUAAUAGUUGCAGCAUUUAUAUUAGCAUCUACGAUAUAUGUGAUUAAGAAAUGUUGUUGGAAUAAUAUGAAAAGGAAAGGUAAUAACCAAUUCAUGACAUCAAAUGAAAUGUUUGAUUCAUUUGGAGAUGGAUCUGUUGAUGAACAGGAACAGGAACAAGAGGAUAAGAGGAGGAUGAUGGGAGCUACAAGCAGUAAGGAGAAGAUGGGAUAA